CAUGCGGCCAUAACUCAAUAUUCUCGAAACCAGCCAACUUGGCUACCAAUAUACAAUACAUAUACAGCCUCUCUCACAUUCAACCCUUACUUUCGCUCUAACCACCAACACUACACUCAUAACCUCAGCCAUGUCACUCACCCAACAAGAAUUCACCACACGACCACCCCACCCAGCGCCAGGCACACCUCCAGUUUGGAUACCCACCGAGACCAACCAAUGGUACUCCAUCGGGCCUGGGAUCUGGGAAUUACAUCUGAACGGCGAACGGGGAUCGCACAAUAGGUCUGUGCUGCAAUGGUACGAGCCGGGUGCGACCUCCGCCACCGACGAGGUCAUUACGCACACUUAUAUUGAAGAGGUUUGCUUUCUGGAAGGGGGUCUGGAGGAUAUUAGUCUGGGGAAGGCGUGGGGACAGGGCGCGUAUGCGUUCAGGUUGCCGGGGAUGAGGCAUGGGCCGUAUAAGGCGGAUGGGGAGAGAGGUUGUUUGAUGUUUGUGAAGCUAGUGCCAGGGGAGGAGGGAGGAUCAGGAUCUGUCGGGUAA